CUGGCGAGACCAGCUGACCCUGAAUCCCCACUGGAUGACCAACAGGAUCUGUGCUCACAGCAGCCACAACACAGAGACUGGGAAACAUGGUUCCAAGACAGCGGGAUUUCCGGCUCUGUCUCUUUCUGCUGCUGGGGCUCUUGGGGAUGGUAAUCUCCUUCCAUGGAGCACCCAGUAAUUACACCCCGGCUCAGUGGUUUGAAUUUCAGCACAUAAAUAUGAGCAGCAAUCGUUGCACCAUCGCAAUGCAGGCAAUUAACUUUUAUUAUCUUCCUGCUAAAGGGAACUGCAAACCAAAAAAUACUUUCCUCCAUACAACUUUAGCUGCUGUAGCUCAUGUUUGUACCACCCAAAACGUAACCUGCCCUACAACCCACGCUACAAAUUGUCAUAAUAGCUCAAUUCCAGUGGCUGUAACCAACUGCGACAUCACGAGGUACUCACCAAGUUAUAUGAACUGCAGCUACCAUCCAAGCAGCGCACAGAAGAUCUACAUUGUUGCCUGUGACUGCAGAACUAAUAAAGACAAUCCUAGAUACACGCAGGUUCCAGUUCACUUGGAUUGGCUCAUCUAAACUCUGGGUCAGCACUUUGUGCCAAGCCCCACAGCCACAGCCAAGGUCACAUCCCACCAUAUGCCCUGGAUAGCAGCAUCAGUCCUCAUCUCCAGCCUCCCAAACCCCCUUUAAGCCUUGCUUAGCUGAAGCUCCUGUUCUCCUACAAUAAACUUCUUUGCA